CCGCGGUGCUGUGCGGCCGCUCCCCCCCCCCCCCCCGCCCCCCCCUCCCCGCGCGCGUUCCCGCCCCUCGCGCGCGCUCCCGGCGCGCUCCCGCCACCCGCGCGCGCGCCGCUCCGUCGCUGCUCCGGCCGAGCGGGGGAGGCGGCGGCUCCGCUCCCGAUCCCGAUCCUGAGCCCGGUCCCGCUCCGGAUCCCGGUCCCGCAUCGCCGUGCGCGGGGCGGCUCGAUUUUGAGGACAAACUGCUCUAUCAAUAAUCUGAAGAAGGGGAUUCUCUGUUAAGACUGAAAGAAGAUACUGCUAACUGACUGGAGGCCAAGAACAGAGUGCAGCACUGGCUGUAGGUUUGCUGGCAUGGGUAAUCUCAUUAAGGUGCUAACCAGGGACAUAGACCACAAUGCAGCACAUUUUUUCUUGGAUUUUGAAAAUGCCCAACCUACAGAAUCUGAAAAGGAAAUUUAUAAUCAGGUGAAUGUAGUGUUAAAGGAUGCAGAAGGAAUACUGGAAGACUUGCAGUCAUAUAGAGGAGCUGGCCAUGAAAUACGAGAGGCAAUACAGCAUCCAAAUGAUGAGAAGCUACAAGAGAAGGCWUGGGGUGCAGUUGUUCCACUAGUAGGCAAACUAAAGAAAUUCUAUGAAUUUUCUCAAAGACUAGAGGCAGGACUGCGAGGCCUGCUGGGAGCCCUGACCAGCACUCCGUAUUCCCCAACACAACACCUGGAGCGAGAGCAGGCUCUUGCUAAGCAAUUUGCAGAAAUUCUUCACUUUACACUCCGAUUUGAUGAACUCAAGAUGACAAAUCCUGCUAUACAGAAUGACUUCAGCUACUACAGAAGAACUCUGAGCCGUAUGAGGAUUAACAAUGUCCCAGCAGAGGGAGAAAAUGAAGUAAAUAAUGAGUUGGCAAACAGAAUGUCUUUAUUUUAUGCUGAAGCGACGCCAAUGUUGAAAACCUUAAGUGAUGCCACAACAAAGUUUGUGUCAGAGAAUAAAAAUUUACCGAUCGAGAAUACAACAGAUUGCUUAAGCACCAUGGCCAGUGUGUGCAGGGUCAUGCUGGAAACCCCUGAAUAUAGAAGCAGGUUUACAAAUGAGGAAACAGUAUCAUUCUGUCUGAGGGUAAUGGUGGGUGUCAUCAUACUCUAUGACCACGUGCAUCCAGUGGGCGCUUUUGCCAAAACUUCAAAAAUUGAUAUGAAAGGAUGCAUCAAAGUUCUUAAAGACCAGCCUCCUAACAGUGUAGAAGGCCUUCUAAAUGCUCUCAGGUACACAACAAAGCAUUUGAAUGAUGAGACUACCUCCAAGCAAAUUAAAUCCAUGUUGCAAUAACAAUUACCUGGAAUUCGCACCUGCUGUAGACAGUAUUCUGCAAUGACUGAGAUGCACAGAUUUUUUUUUUUAGUGAUUGCAACUACUAUCUYGUUCCUUCUUGCUUUUUAUUUUCUCUCUUCCUGUUUACCCUUUUUUUUAAUCACUUUCUUGUACCUAAGUAAGCUCAGACUUCUUUUCUGUGCCAAAUCAAUGAAAAUUAUCAAUUCUGGAAAGUAUUUCUACUUUUCAGAAUAGCCAUCCUAAGUGGCAGCUAAUUAUGCGUUGCAUUUGGAUUUCUCUGUACUGGGGAAAGAUUUGUGACUUGAACUAAAUAUUUUUAAACUUGUGGUUUUUUUCUUUUUUUGAAAAACUAAUAUUUAAUAUUGCUUCUUCUGCAUGGCAAGACUGCCUAUUUCUGCUAUUUAAAAAUCCCUUGAUGACUUCAUUUUCUAUUGCAGCUUAUUUUCAUGUGCAACCAUGAGGAAACUAAAAGCAGAUUUGUUUAAAUUAACUGUGUUUGUACAAAAUGGUACCCAACACAAAAGUUUUUUUAAAUGAGUAAAAACUGUUUUGUUUAAAAGUUA